CUUUGACGUUCAGCCGACGAUUUCGAGCAUCCGACAACCACCCUUUUCGGAAUCACCUCUCCAACCAACCAUCAAAAUGGCUGCUGAAUCCAAGACCGGCCUCGCCGUUGGCCUCAAGAAGGGUCACAAGACCACUGCUCGUGUCUCCAAGCCCCGUGUUUCCCGCACCAAGGGUCACCUGAGCAAGCGCACUGCUUUCGUUCGCAGCAUCGUCCAGGAGGUUGCUGGCCUUGCUCCCUACGAGCGCCGCGUCAUUGAGUUGCUCCGCAACUCCAAGGACAAGCGUGCCCGUAAGCUCGCCAAGAAGAGGCUCGGUACCUUCGGCCGUGCUAAGGCGAAGGUUGAGGACCUCCAGCGCGUCAUCGCUGAGGCUCGCCGUGCCGGUCACUAAAUUGGUUAAUCCCAAUCGAUGGACUGCUUGGAGAGUGUGAUUAAAAAUACCAAAAAGGAUUUCUGCCUCUUGUCUUUUCUCUGGCAUUGUUUGGCGUGACGUUGGUUCGUUAUGUUAUGGAUCGUAUCUAAGCGCGCUUCCCCCCUAUGGAAUGGCUACGAAAUAGCUGUCUCGGGGAAUAGAACGAAAUGACAACAGCUCGAAUGGCAAGAUGCUGGAUCACGAACAAACUACUUCCCACUUUCG